AGAGGUAGCGUUUACUUUCGGUUGACUCCCGCUUUCUUACACCACUCCCUGCGCCACUUCCCUGCACUCGCCUCCACCCGAUCCCUCCCGAAAUUUCAAAACCCACUCCAGCCCAUUUCAAAACCCGCCGUCUCUCUCCCAACUCUCCACUCUAUAAGUCUCGCAAUCGCCAAUUCGUCUUCCCUGCAACAACCAAACCCUAUACUCUCGCUCCCUCUCCCUACGGUUGUAUCCGCGUCAGCGCAUCGUCGCGUUCUUUCACCCUCAAUGGCGCACGUUAGCCAGCUUCCUUGCGACGGUGACGGUGUCUGCAUGCUCUGCCGGAACAAGCCCUCCGACGAAGAGCUUCUCACCUGCAAAACGUGCGUCACCCCCUGGCAUGUCGCCUGCCUUCCCGUCCCUCCCCCCACCCUCGCCUCCACCCUGCAGUGGGACUGCCCCGACUGUUCCGAGCCAUCCGCCGCCGCUCCCGCCCCCGCUGUCCUCAUCGCCGCCGACUCUUCCGAAUCCGGCGAACUCCUCGCCGCCAUUCGAGCCAUCGAAGCCGACGCCUCGCUCACGGAACGACAGAAGGCCGCGAAGCGUCAGCAGCUCCUCAGCGGACGCGCCGGAUCGGGCGAUCUCGACGGAGCCGACACCGAGAACAAGCAGAAGGCCAUUUCAGGCAGCGAUGUUCUCGAUCUUCUCGAUGGAAGCUUGAAUUGCGCCUUUUGCAUGCAGUUGCCCGAUAGACCUGUUACGACACCAUGUGGCCACAAUUUUUGCUUAAAAUGUUUUCAAAAAUGGGUUGGUCAAGGGAAAGACACUUGUGCAAAGUGCCGCCAAACUAUUCCCCGCAGAAUGGCAAGUCAGCCUCGGAUCAACUCUACGCUUGUUGCGGCGAUUAGAAUGGCAAAGAUGUCAAAGUCAACUGUUACUACUGGGUCCGCAAAAGUUUAUUACUUUAUGCAUAACCAAAAUCGACCUGACAAGGCAUUUACCACGGAACGAGCAAAAAAGGCUGGUAAGGCCAAUGCUGCAAGUGGAAAAAUAUUUGUCACCAUUCCACGUGACUAUUUUGGUCCAAUCAGUGCUGAAAAUGAUCCAGUGAGACGCCAGGGCGUGUUGGUUGGUGAAUGUUGGGAGGAUCGCAUGGAAUGCCGUCAAUGGGGUGUUCACUUUCCACAUGUAGCUGGGAUUGGUGGACAACAGAGAUGUGGUGCUCAGUCGGUGGCACUUUCUGGAGGUUAUGAAGAUGAUGAGGAUCACGGGGAGUGGUUCCUCUACACAGGAAGUGGCGGAAGAGAUCUAAGCGGGAAUAAACGAACAAACAAGGCACAGUCAUUUGAUCAGAAGUUUGAUUCGUACAACGAGGCUCUGAGAGUUAGUUGCCGAAAAGGUUACCCGGUGCGAGUUGUAAGGUCUCAUAAAGAGAAGCGUUCUUCUUAUGCCCCAGUAAAGGGGGUGCGAUAUGAUGGAAUUUAUAGGAUUGAGAAGUGCUGGAGAAAAGUUGGGAAACAAGGUUAUUUGGUUUGUCGAUAUCUGUUUGUUCGGUGUGAUAAUGAUCCAGCUCCGUGGACAAGUGAUGAGCUGGGGGACCGGCCUAGACCCUUGCCAGUCAUUGGUGAGCUAAAGCGCGCGACUGAUCUUACAGAGAGGAAGGAAAGUCCAUCGUGGGACUAUGAUGAAGAAGAAGCUUGCUGGAAGUGGAAAAAACCUGCGCCACUUAGCAGGAUUCCCGUUGAUGCUAAAGAUCCAGCGGGCAGAAAGAGGUCACGGGAAGCUACAAGGCGAACUCAAAAUAUGAUUGCAAAGCAAAAACUCCUCAAAGAGUUCAGCUGCUUAAUAUGUUGCAAAGUGAUGACUCUCCCAAUAACAACCCCUUGUGCUCACAAUUUUUGCAAGCCUUGUUUGGAAGGUGCAUUUGCUGGGCAAACUUUUGUGAGAGAGAGGAACAAAGGUGGACGCUCUCUCCGGGCACGAAAGAAUGUUAUGAAAUGUCCUUCAUGUCCAGCAGACAUUUCUGAUUUCCUUCAAAACCCUCAGGUGAACAGAGAAUUGAUGGAUGUGAUAGAAUCACUCCAACGCAAGAUGGAAGAGAAUGAGGAAGCUAGUGAGGAAACCAGCAAAGAAGAAAGUGACAACUCGAAAGCAAAAUCUGAUGUUCCAUCCGGAGAUUCUUCUGAGGAGACCAGCCAAGAAACAACUGAUGCUGCAACAGAAAAACUUGAUGUUGCCUCUGGUGUUACUUCUGGGUUGCCAAAUCCACCGAAGGGGUGCAAACCUAAAAGGUCUUACAAACGGCAAAAAGUUGAUCCCGGGAAUUGCUCAAUGAAGACUGAUAAUGAGAAGGAAAAUGAGAUUUCUGCUGUUAAGCUCAGUGGCAGUGAGAAUUUGCAAGCUAAUGCAGUCAAUGGUGGUGCGAAACGAUCUUCUAAGAGGAAAAACGUUGGUGGGAGUGAGUCAAGAACCAGGAGCAGGAAAACCCAAGCAGCAGCAGCAGUGGAUGAAGGAAAUGAUUCACCCUCAAGUCCUCUUCAUGUUCAAUCCGAUGGUGAUUUUGAAUGACUUGUUCCUUUGGUUUUUUAGUACUAUGUGUAUUAUGUAAUUUGGAUCGCACCUUGUGGUGAUCUUUGUCUGAAAACUAAUGUCUUUGCUGGGAUGUCCUGUUAUGAGAACUGUGUUGGGGAUAAGACUUUCAAAAUGGUAACUUUUUGGGCUAGUCCAACCUUGUACACAUUUUGUUUAUGGGGGAUGGUUAAAUAGGAAUUUAGAUAUUGAAUUUGAAAACAUUUUGAGCCA